AUGAUCGAUCUUACCCUGGCUCGCGUCAGCCGCCUCGUCCAGCAGACACCACAGACAUGGAGGGCCAUCCAUGUUGCUGGAACAAAUGGCAAGGGUUCGAUAUGUGCAUACCUCUCGGCUAUGAUCCACGCCAGUGGAAAGUCCGUUGCGAGGUUCACUUCUCCCCAUCUUAUUGACCGAUGGGAUUGCAUUACGAUCAACGAGCAGCCCGUCUCCGAAACAGUGUUUCGAGACACAGAGAAGAUGGUGCUAAAGAGAAAUGAGGAGGGCGGUAUCCAGGCAACCGAGUUUGAGCUUCUCACAGCUACUGCGUUCGAAAUACUGAAUCGCGCCAAGGUAGACUUUGGAGUCAUCGAGGUCGGCUUGGGAGGCAAAGUCGACGCCACGAACGUGUUGAAGCACAAGGCAGUGACGGUGAUCACGAAGAUCGGGCUUGAUCACCAAUCAUUUCUAGGCAACUCCCUCGAGGAGAUUGCGCUUCAGAAGGCUGGAAUCAUGCGGAAAGGGGUCAAAUGCGUUGUUGAUGACAGCAACCCACCAUCCGUCCUAAGAGUCAUUCAGGAACACGCUGAAGAAGUGGGAGCAGAUGUGGUCUUUCCAAAGGCCACACCGAGUCUGCUUUCGAUGCUGUCUGAGCAGGGUUUCGAGCCACACCAAGCGCGAAACCUAGCUUGCGCUCACCAUGCUUUCCGUUUGGCCUGUCCCGACAAAGACGAAUCGCUCGAACAUAUUCUGCCCAUUAUAAAGCAGGUUCGCUGGCCGGGCAGGCUACAGCUCAUCGACAUCAGCAAAAUUACUAGCCGGACAGAAGCUGUGCUUUUGGAUGGCGCUCACAAUGUCCAAUCAGCUGAAGUGCUGGCUGAAUAUGUAAACAAGCAUCUACGAUCUGGUGGCAGGCCUGUGACAUGGGUACUGGCUGCUUCCGAAGGUAAAGAUUUAAGUGGUAUACUCAGUCUCCUGCUUCAACCAGGUGAUCAUGUUGGCGCUGUCCGGUUCGGGCCUGUCGACGGCAUGCCUUGGGUCAAAGCAGCUGAUCCCAAGGUCUGCGGCCACGCGAUAUGGGCCGGAGGGCCGCAGAAUGGCCACAACGAGUCGGAAUGGGUGAUUGAGGGAUGGAAGAAAGGUGAAACUCCAACAUACAUGGAACACAUCAAGGCCGGUGUCCAGGCACUGAGCGAAGACGAGAAAUCGAUCUUGGUGUUUUCAGGCGGACCAACUCACAAAUCCACUCAGUUAUCCGAGGCCCGCAGUUACGCCAAUCUCGCCGCCGCUAACAACUACUUCAACCUACUCUCUUCACCAUCCCCAUCCUCGUUACAGCACGAACAGCACGAACAGCACGAACAGCACCCCCUCUCCCCUAUCCCACUCCAUUCACGUAUCCUCGUAGAAGAGCGUGCGCUUGACUCCUACCAAAACAUCCUCUUUUCUAUCGCACACUUCUGGCGAAACCAUCCCACAUCAGCUUGGCCGCGCCGCCUCACCAUCGUCAGCCACGAGUUCAAGCGUGUGCGUCUGACAGAUGAGCACUGCGCCGCCAUUGCGUUCCCGCUUGAGCACGUGCGCUUCAUCGGUAUCAACCCGCCCGGGCUCGUGCUAGUGGACGGUACCUUGCCGCAGGAGGCUGUAGCGGUCCAAAGCUGGAGGGAGGACAGACACGGCAUGUCUCCGGACUUGGCAGCGAAACGAAGGAGACGGAAUAUUUAUGGCGUAGACCAGAGGUUGUUCCUGAGUGACGAAGAGCGAGCUCAGAGCGGAUUAAAGACAGAGCUGGUAGAUGACGGAAAGGAGGAGGUAUUGGUAGACGGCGAGCCUCGGCCCUGGAUAUAG